UCCCAAACGGCGGCUCAAAGACUCCUCCUGUACACUGUAAGCGCACAAUAGCACAGUCCGCCAGGUCAGCAAACCGGUUUAAUCCUUACUCUUCUGACACGUGUCAGUUGACCGAACCCAUCUUAUUGUGGCUCGCUCGAGCCUAGCAGGUCCUCGGUGCACCACACGGUUCAGGUUCGCUCUCUUCCUCGUCUUUUGGAAAAUUAAUAAAAAGGGGAAAAGAAAAAAAAUUAAAAAGAAAACAAAACGAAGUUGGAAUUGUCCAAUUGAGUCCACACUCCUUCUCCCCCCCUCUCUCUCCCUCUAAAAUUUACAUUUCUAAAAAAGAACACCUUCUCUCUCUAAAAAGAGCUCUCUUUUAAUAAAUGGCAUUUAAAACAACCCUAAUAUCAGCUCGCCGCCUUUCUUAUUUCGAGUAAAAAGACCUUAACUGCUGAAUCACCUGUAAGGUUUCACUUCUUUUUCUUUUCCUAAUUUGGUGAUUGCACCAUUUAUUUAUAUACGCGCAUAAUUUUUUUUUUCGAGACUUCAUUCUGAUUUUGUGUUUUAGAUUGAUUUUGAAGUCAAUUGCUUCUCUUUAUUUGGUCGCUCAGAAAUUUGAGGAAGUGUGUGGAAAUUUCAAGUCCUUUCUAAUUCCCAAGUAAUAGAAGAAUUUGAGAUUUUAGCUUUGAUUGUGGGUUAUGGACUUUGAUUAAAUAUUUGCUUUGGAAAUUAAUGAAUGAAAAUUGGGGAUUUAUGUAGUUUAUUAUGGAACUGUUAUUGUUUUGUACGUUCCUUAUGAAUAAAUGGUUUGUGUAGAUUGCUAUUGAAUUCAAGUUGUGAGUAUUGCAAAAAACUUUGAAGUUAUCAAGAGUAAGGAAGGAUGUGGGAUGGCUUGGGGUUUCAGAGUUUAGCAAGUAUUUAUUAUCAUCAUUUUUCUAACUAAAAUCAUACUUUGGAGGGAUUACUAAAGGAUUUGAAUUUUCAAAAUUUUUUAGUGGGUUUGUCUUUUAUUGGGCGUGUUCUGGUGUGUCUCCUUAGUGGAAAUGGCAGAUGAUGGUAUCAGGGUUGGUGGUGGAAUUUCAGCUGGUUUGGCUGUUAUAUUGAAUGGUGAGGAUGGGAAGGAGAGUUCGUCUAAAACCCGUCUUGUUUCGUAUUGUGAUGAUUUUGGUAACCAGCCUGUGGAGCGAGCUCUUGAGUAUGUUUUUGGUCUACCCAAUAAAUUGCUCAGUCCAUUGACUGCUUCUGUUGACAAUAAUUUAGUUCGAUCUAUCAUUAAGAAUGAGUUCCAGAAGGUUCAUGUGAAAUCUGAUACUUUGGGUAGUGAUAGGGAUGGAAUUUGUAUUUUCGAUAAUGGCUGUCGACCUCAUAAAGUUGGGCUUGAAGAAUUAAGCAUUUGUGGUGAUAUUAGAAUCAUUAAGCCACCUUUUGUUCUAGAGAGUUUAGCAAUGUUCAGCAGUACCAGGGCUAAUGUUUGCGUUUGGGAAGGCAAAUGGAUGUAUGAAGUUAUAUUAGCAACUUCUGGUGUGCAACAGCUUGGAUGGGCAACUGUUUCUUGCCCUUUCACUGACCAUAAGGGUGUAGGUGAUGCUGAUGAUUCUUAUGCAUUUGAUGGGAAGAGAGUUAGAAAGUGGAACAAGGACGCUGAGCCAUAUGGCCAAUCAUGGGUUGUUGGUGAUGUCAUUGGGUGUUGUAUUGAUCUGGAUCAGGAUAAGAUAUUGUUCUAUAGAAAUGGUGUAUCUCUUGGAGUUGCUUUUUGUGGUAUACGCAAGAUGGGACCUGGAUUUGGGUAUCACCCUGCAAUAUCUCUCUCUCAAGGCGAAAGGUGCGAAUUAAAUUUCGGAGGUCGGCCCUUUAAAUACCCCAUUCAGGGCUUUCUUCCGCUUCAAGAACCUCCUGCUGUAAAUCUUUUGGCUACUGAGUUGCUCCGAGCCUUGUCUAGGUUGUCAGAGAUGUAUUGUAUGGAGAGGGCUGAUAGUUCUAUAGUUGGGAAGUUUAGAAGAUUGAAGAGAUUUGUUUCACUUGAGGAACUGUUUUAUCCUGUUUGUCGGGGGAUAUGUGAGGAAUUAUUCUUUCUACUUGACUCAGAUGCAGGGCGGACUGAGUAUGUAGCAUGGGGUCCGCUUCUUUCAUUCAUGAUGGAGAUCUUCAGAGUUCAACCACCACAUGGCUAUUCGAGUUUGGAUAGAUUUAUUGAUAUCCUUCUAGAGUUUCAGGAAUCGCAUCUGAUGUUUGAGUGUGUCAUUAAUGCCCUUUCAUGUGGCUGCAAAACAACAUCCUUGGUGUUAACUGAAUGCCCAUACUCAGGUUCUUAUACUUAUCUUGCGUUGGCAUGCUAUAUUUUAAGACGUGAAGAAUUAAUGGGUCUCUGGUGGAAGUUGCCAGAUUUUGAAUUCUUGUUUGAAGGUUUUCUAUCACAAAAGAGCCUUAACAAGCAGGAUCUUCACUGCUUGAUGCCUUCUGUUUGGUGGCCUGGUUCAUGCGAAGAUAUUUCCUAUGAAUCUAGCAUGUUGUUGACGACUACAGCUUUAUCUGAAGCUGUCAGCAAGAUUGAGGAGAAGCAUAGGGACCUGUGUCUUCUGGUCAUACAGUUUGUACCACCUACGACACCUCCUCAGUUACCUGGUUCAGUUUUUAGGACAUUUCUACAAAAUCUUCUAUUGAAGAAGAGAGGUGCAGAUCGCAAUGUACCACCUCCUGGAGUUUCAAGCAACUCUGUUCUUGUUUCUUUGUACACAGUCAUACUUCAUUUUCUGUCGGAAGGAUUUGCUAUGAGGGACAUUUGUGGCUGGUUGAAGAGCUGUGAAACAAAUAAUUAUGAUGUUGGAUUUCUUCAUAGAGGUGGUGAGCAGAGUUUCCCUGUAGAUUUGUUUCUGAAAAAUGAUUCAUAUCGAACUGACAUUUCUAGGCUCGGGGGAUCAUUUAGUCAUCUAUCGAAAUCUCAUCCUGUAUAUGAUCAGGAAGUUGAAGCAGUCCGGUGGGAAGAAGGCUGUAUGGAUGAUGAAGAAAUCCGAGUAACUCAUAAAACUAUACAGAAACCCUGUUGUUGCUCAAGUUAUGAUGUUGAAUUGUCAAAAAUGUCGAAGCAUCAAACUAGAUACAUAUCCAAAGGUUCUCGUGUCCAUUGUACCCCUAUUCCAGAGAGGUCUACUCAUGUUGCUGCAGAAUGCAGCGCAGGAAGUUUGAAUGAUGAGAUUGCUGACAAGCCUAGUACUAGUGAUCAAUCAGAAUCGGAGUUCGGAUAUCACCCAAUGAGGGAUAUGAGAAUUGUGCCAAGAGAGAGUAAUAUGUCUUCAGAUACGCUUAGAGAAGAAGAACUUUUAGAUACUUUGCUAUUGCUGUAUCACAUAGGUGUUGCACCGAAUUUUAAACAGGCAUCGUACUACAUGUCUCAUCAGUCACAAUCUAUAUCACUUCUGGAUGAAACUGAUAAGCAAAUAAGAGAAAGAGGCUGUAGUGAACAAUUACGGCGUUUGAAGGAAGUUCGUAAUGAUUAUCGAGAAGAAGUAAUUGAUUGUGUCAGACAUUGUGCAUGGUAUCGUAUCUCCCUAUUCUCUCGUUGGAAGCAAAGAGGGAUGUAUGCGACGUGCAUGUGGAUAGUCCAACUGGUUCUCGUUCUUAGCAAAGUGGAUUCUUUAUUCAUUUAUAUUCCCGAAUUUUAUCUUGAAACUCUGGUUGACUGUUUCCAUGUGUUAAGAAAGAGUGAUCCUCCAUUUGUUCCUCCGGCAAUAUUUAUCAAGCAAGGACUUGCUUCAUUUGUCACUUUUGUAGUUAGCCACUUCAAUGAUCCAAGGAUAUUAAGUGCAGAUCUCAGGGAUCUUCUUCUCCAAUCUAUUUCAGUCCUAGUACAGUAUAAGGAAUAUUUGGCUGCUUUUGAGAGCAAUGAAGCAGCUAUACAGAGAAUGCCAAAAGCAUUACUGUCAGCAUUUGAUAACAGAUCUUGGAUUCCAGUCACCAACAUCCUUUUGCGGUUGUGCAAAGGUUCUCGCUUUGGUUCUUCAAAACAUGGAGAAUCAUCAUCAUCAUCCUCUGUUGUUUUCCAGAACUUGUUACGGGAAGCUUGCAUUAAUGAUGGUGAAUUGUUCUCAGCCUUCCUGAAUCGCCUAUUUAAUACACUUAGCUGGACAAUGACUGAAUUCUCCGUUUCAAUUCGAGAGAUGCAAGAAAAAUACCAGGUAUGUGCUGAACAUAGUUAUUGAAGGCGCAAGGUGCACAAAGGCGCAAAGGAUUCUUGAGCUUAGGCGCAAGGAGCAAGGCGCAGGCACAAGCGCGCACCUUACACACACAAGGCACAAAAAUAAAAAAGACAUUAAGAAAAAAAGAAAGUACUAGUACUCAAAACACACAGUGAUGGCAAAAAGCACACAUAAAACUUGACAAUAAAGGUUUCUAGAUCAAAAACACAUAAGCUUCCUAAUCCUAGAAAUACUGAAGUAGAAGUUCUUAAAACACUUGUCAAAGUGCAAUUUAUCCUCAUCGACAUCAAUAUUGUCUUUGUCGGCAUCAUCAAAUACAAGUUGACCACUUCCAAUUUUCUCGUCUAAUAUUCUCCAUCAUCUUCUUCAAAAUCAAUUUCUUCCUCAUCUCUAAGCCUAAAGAGUUUGACAGAGUAACAACUUAUUUUUUCUCUAUAAUAUAUGAAAUAAGUAAAAACAGCUUAUGUAGAGAAAGGAGAAGAAGAAAAGAAGAUUAACAAAGAGAGAGAGGAUUCAAGAAGAUGAGAAAAAAUGAUUACAUACGUUGAGUUUUGGAAGAGAUCAGUUCUUUGUCUUGAGCAGUUGGAGAUGGGCUUCUUUGUAUUCACACUUGAGCAGGUGGAAAUUGGAAGAGAUCUUGUCUUGAGCAGUUUGUCGAAGUAGAAUACUUUGUUUUAAACGGCUGCCCUAAAUCUUUUUUUUUUUACCUUCUUUUCUUUUUCUUUUAUUUGUUUUCUUUUAAUCAUUUUUGUCACAUUGCCUGCCUUUGUCUGGCUAAGGUGCAAGGGCAUGCGCCUGGUGUGCCUUACGCCUCAGGCGCGCCUUUAAUAACUAUGGUGUUGAACUGCAAAGAAGUUUCUUUUGCAUGGUGGAAAAGGAUUACUGUGCGAGGACGUGAACGCAUCCAGUUGUUGGAAUAUAGAAGAGGGUUUUAAUUUUUUUUUCUUAGACCAGCUAGGCUUUGUAGUUAAACAAUUCUCCUUAGUAAAGAAAAAGGCUUGACAUCUAACAUCCUGAUGGUUUUUCCAUGAUGCUUAUGGACUUAGUUCACUCGUCAGCUUUUGUUUCAUUCUUUAUGUCUAUGGUUAUAAUGCUUAACUGAUUCAGAUUUUCAAGAUCAUCAAAGCUAUUGGAGGGAAAAAAUAAUAAUCUAAUGACAAAUCAGACUUAAAAGUGGGGAUAGAAUCUGAAAAUCUCUAUUCUGUAUUGUAUAGUGUGUGUACGGGGGAGAGCUCUAAAAGUUCUUACAUAUUGACUGGUGUGGAAAUGUAAAUAGGAACCUUACCUGGUAUAUUAUGUAUAUAUUCAUGCAAGCUUGCAUUUUUGUAUGUGACAUUGGUUACUUUUCUUGGUUAUCUUGACUGCAUAUUGAUGGAAGUUGCUUGUCUCACUUCUGUGCGUUAUAUGUGUGGUUGACUCAGUAUUAUUGGAAAUGCAGACUCAAUUAUGGCAGUUAAUAACCAUCUAAUUGGGUAGAACCUUUUUUUCUGGGUCUUUUCUUCUCUCCUUUUUGACUUAA